UCCGUGCGCACCACACGCUCACACGCGCAUGCGCGCCAUACUGACAAAACGCGCGCCACACUCCCGAAUCCGAUCUGUCAAAACAUUUAAAAAUGGAACGCAAUUGAGUUUUUUUUUCUUUUCUCAUUUUGUUUAACAGGAAGGACAGAUAAAAAAUAAACUCAUCUAAAGAGGUUAUAGUGUAGUGUUACUAAGUGACAAUUUUACCUUUUAGUGUUCCAAAUUCAGUGCUAAACAUUCAGUAAGGUCUGGUUAAUUUUGUUUAGUUAGUUUAGUGGUUACAAGGGCGUGAAUUUUGACUUGUUAUAUGUGUGAACUGUAGGUGUUAACUGUUGAUUAAAUUUCUAUUUUAAAAAGUAUGACAAGGGAUUUUUAAACUGAUAGCUUUUACGGUGCGUCCGGGUGGCGGUGCGUGCGGUCCGCGGCGUUAAUGAUGACAAGGAGCCGCGCGCGGGGGGACGCCAUACAGAGCGUGCCACUGUCGCACUCACCACCUAGCCAACAUGUUUACGAGGUUCGACCAAGGCAAAUCAACGAAAGGCGCGAGCAAACUUCGGCGCGACCUCAUCAACGCAGAGAUCGCCAACCUUCGGGACCUGCUGCCGCUGCCGCCAUCCACUAGGCAGAGGCUCUCACAGCUGCAACUGAUGGCACUCGUUUGUGUGUACGUCAGGAAGUCUAAUUACUUUCAACAAGUUUUCAAACGCUUCGACAUCACUCAACAACCUAGCACGGGACCAAACUUCGGUUUUUCAAAGGCUCUCAACGGUUUUCUAAUGAUGAUGACUCAGAAUGGGAAACUCCUCUAUAUAUCUGAUAACGCAGCUGAAUAUCUGGGACAUUCUAUGGAGGACCUCCUAAUCCACGGUGACAGUGUGUACGAUGUGAUCGACAAGCAGGACCAGCAGUCAGUGAGAUCAGAACUAUCGAGGGCUCCUACAGACGGGGAGGACAGAGUCUUCCUUUGUCGCAUGAAUGUCGCAAGAAACGCACGCCGGCAGAUGCGUUUUGGUGAUCAAAAGGUGGUGCUAGUCCGAGGACACUACGUGUCAUAUCUCCCGCUAUGCAGCCGCAACGAGCCCGUGUUCCUGGCGUCGUGCACGCCGCUAGCCAUGCCCGAGACGCGCGAGUGCGUGGUGCAUGGCGCCACCAACGUCUUCACCACCGUGCAUGCCAUGGACAUGAAGAUAUUGCACAUUGACACCAAUAGCGAAUGGCACCUGGGAUGGGAUCGGAGCUCACUGCACGGCGUGAGCUGGUACCACCUUCUCCAUCCUGAAUGCUGCAAGGAGGCCCAGAGCAAACAUCGAUUGAUAACGCAAUCAGAACAAGAGAGAUCGUGCAUAGCGCUGCUUCGGUUGCAGAGGAGAUGUGGACAGUUCCUCUGGGUGCAUACUGUUCUGCAGCUCAAAGACAACUUGGAGAACUCGCAGCGGCCUGUCAUUGUAUGCACCAAUCAGGUGUUGAGUGAACAAGAAGCAGCCGUUAUGAAAGCGAAUCCGUGGCUGUACCAUUAUUAUGCAGUGCAAUCAAAACUUCACUAUGGGUUGGCAUACGAAGCCGCUACAAGGAUGUAUGGCCCACCGCCUCCCGAUAUACAAGUUUACCCACCAGCGAUGCAGUAUGCCCCAACUCCACCUGUCUGCAUAAAUGGAAGUCAACCUGUAAUGAUGCCCAAUACAAACCUCCAGCCGCAUAUACCACAUGUGCCUCCGCAUUUGACACCCAUACACUAUGCGUACGAGAGACCAGACAAUGGCCCAGUGGACUAUUCUGUAUCACUUCAAGACAGCAGGUAUCCCAAUAUACGAAUUGAAGAUACAAGACUACAACCAAAUGUCAAGAAAAAAAGUAAAUCUGAAGAAAAGCCAAAUACACCUGUUCCUAAUAUGUCGCCUCGUUUUGUAAAUAGCUCUGGUGGAGAUACAUUAGUUGCAGUAGCAGGUGCGAUCGUGAGUCGGAGGCCAGGCUCAAAAAAUUUUAAUACGCCGGAAUCAGAGAUGAUUGAUCAGUGGAAUCCGAGUCCAACUUGGUCUGAAUCGGCGUUACAAAAAGUUCCAGAUGUUUGCCAACAAGACUUAAGCCCCUACGCUACAACGACGCCACCUACGCCUUCUGGAACGCCAUCAGCAUAUACUCAUAACUAUAGCCAUACUUUUGUUUUCGACUGGUCGCCAGAACAGUAUGUUCCUCAUACUAACAAUAGAUGUAGUACAGUAACGUCCGAAAGUUCCUAUCAGCAAACUUGGAGAAAUCAAAGAGCAACUUUUCCGAAUACGGAUGGAACGGCGGAUGAGAACUGUAAUCCUAAUAGAUUAAGCUUAACAAUGAGAGUCAGUAGAACUCCGCCUGAACACGCAGCGCCAGUUGAAGGAGAAAUUCUUAGAAGACAAAUUGACGGGCCCCACCCAGAUUCACCAGGUGCCAAAAAGCCAGCGUUAUAACUAUAGCAUAAAUUAUACCUAUCAAUAUAUAGUAAAUUACUUUGUUCGUUACCUUUACAACUAGAUAUUAUUUAUGUAUCAUAAAUGUUCUGGAACUCUCCUGUGAUCUUCGUGUUUAUAAGAAUUUUGUAUAAUAUAUAAAUAAAAGUAGGUUGUAAAUUAUUUUUACAUAACAUAAAUGUACAAAAUGUAACGAUACCGUCCAUUGAAGUUAUACAUCACAUUAAAUGUGAAUGCUGUAUGAACUGUAAUAUAAACUGUAAAUAAUGUUAUAUAAUUUAAAAUCUUCUUUAAGGCACAUUUAUUUCUACACCCUUUGUGCAAUUGUUGGUUUUCAUAUAUUUAGGUAUUGAAUUUGUACUUAGUCUUUAGUUUAGUAGUCAUAUUUUACAUUCCAUUUAGAAAAGAAAAUAUAACUAUACCUACAUUUAAAAAAUCCAUUGUCG